AUGUCACGCGGGCUACCUCCACUGACCAGCCUGAUCCCCUCGCCACAACAACGGACAUCCACCACCACGACGCCACCGUCCAUCUAUCCCCCGCCCACGCGCCCGAGAGAGCACUCCCUACUAGAGAAGCACGCAAUCGCGAGCUAUUCGUCGCAGCCCGCUCGUCCACCCGCCAGCCUCUCCGUGUACGAGCUCCCUACUGCAACGUUCAUGUGGCCCAGCUUCGCCUCAAAGGCAGCCGAACCCCUCCCAGUCGACCCGAUAAUCUACGUCAAGUACAGGCCUGGCCAAGACAAGCCCACCCACAGUGAUUCCGAACAUCCUGAUUCGUCGCCGACCAUGUCCGCGCAUUCUUCGCUGUGGUCCGAGCCCUCGAAUUUGACUGCUCGUUCUACGCCCGCUUCUACGCCCCCGCGCGAGGCCUCGCGCAAGAGAAGCUCCUCAUCCGAGACCGACGACAAUCCCGCAAGUCCGUCCGACCGUUUCCUCAAACGCCCAAGGACUUCGCGCCACAGCCCCCUGCCUGAGCGCAUCAUCCCAGCGCUUGCGCCCUCAGCAGAUCUCCCCCCGCGCCUGGGGGAGAGGAAGCUGCGGCGGUCGUUCCAGACCCUCGGGCUCGCCUCUGAAAGGAGCGAUGCCGAGCAGCGGGGCGAAGCCGUCGCGCACACCGCCCAUCAGUCAAAGUCCGCCCACACCCAGGCUCCAUGCCCCCCGGCGCGGGCGGCUACGCCUCCCGCGCUCGACAGGGCUCCUGCGCGGCGGAGGCCCGCAAUCGUGCCCAUGCCCGUGCUCUUGGUGGACCCGUCGCGGAAGAACGACUGGUUGAAGUACGUCAGGAAGGUGCCUCAGGAGGAAGUGAAGGGCGGGCGCGAGUGGGCGUGUAUUUGGCACGGCCUGAGGGACGACGGGAAGACCGGAGAUUGUGACUACAAGGCCAAGAAACACCUUGUCAAACGCCACAUUGAGUCCAAGCACCUGCAGCUACGCGGUUGGCAGUGCACCUUCCCAGGCUGCAACAGGCGAAUCUCGCAGAAGAGCAACUUGGAGACGCACAUGAACACACACACCGGUGCCACGCCACACAAGUGCUAUUACUGCGGCAUGCGUUUCAAGGAUCCCGCGCGUCGUCAGCGACACAUGAAAGAACAUGGACAUGAGACGGUGCCGAUGCGCAAGGCAAGGUUGGCCGCCGAAAAAGCCGAGCGCGAGGAGGCGGCCAAGAAGGCUGCAGAGGCGGGGGCCGAAGCCGCUGCAUCUGAGGCCUCUGAGGCCUCCGACCCUGGGGCUCAAUCCGAUGCUGACGAUAGAGCCCCUGGCCCAUCGACGUGA